AUGAAAGUUGGAUCUUUGGUUACUCUGGUGGCUAUGCUGGCGUCUGGGUACGCCGACCUGCCGCCCAACUGGCCCAAUGAUAUAGAUCGGGUGCCUGCACAUUAUCCACAGGUUGCCCGGGGCAAGGCAUUGGCCGUUUCUGAGGCUGAAUACGAAGGGCAGGCACCACAGGGAGGUGUCGGCAGCGCGCAUGGCCAGAAAUACAACGCACCUGACGGCAUUUCAGACGACAUCAUGUCCAUUAACACAUCCGAGUACAUCGAGUAUACCGAGACAACAACAGAGACCGAAGACGAUUCGCUCCUGGAGACGUAUACCACGACUGACGCAGCGUACAAUGCCGACGCUGUUUGCGCAUCAUCGACAGCUGCGCCGGCGUGUACAACAUCGUGGUGUGCUACGUCCACGUCAUAUGUGGUAUCUCAGGCACCACCUCCUCCUAUUGUCACUCACACUUCGUACUGCGCAACAAACGAGCCGUUCCUUCCGUAUAUCACCAUCACGACAUCAGUGUACCCUGCUACUGUUCCCCACACAAGUGAAGCAGCUGCAUACUCAACUAGCGCCCCGUAUGUUAGCACGGUGACAAAAACAGUGACCUCAUCUGUUACUGGCGCCGGCUACUCUUCGUACUCCCAAACAAGCGAUCACCCGUAUGAACAUGGUACUGGCUCGCACUCGACGAGCUCUUCCGGAAAUGGGCCGUAUCCCACUGGGCCCUAUGUCCUGGUCCUGGGCCUGUUCCUACUCCUGUUCCUGUUCCGGUUCCGGUUCCCGUUCCAGUUUCUGGUCCAUACAGUUCUGGCCCCGGUCUCGGUCCCUAUCCAGCUCCUCCCUACAGCCCUGAUUCUGUUCCUUAUCCAGCUGCUCCCUACAACCCUAAUGGUGGGCCAUACCCAACGGUACCAUACCAUGGGCCAGAUGCUGGUGACAGCGGUGGAUACCCAGCCGGUGGUACUGGUGGAUACCCGGCAGGUGGUACUGGUGGAUACCCGGCAGGUGGUACUGGUGAUGGAUCUGAGAUGGACCCAGUGGCGGAACCGGCAACGUGCCACCAGCUCUACAGCCGCGUCAUCUGAAAACAGCUCUGAUGAGUUUGGUAUUUCAAGCGCACCUUACCCGACCAGGUCGAUCUACACCACCCGCUCCAUGGGCACCAGCGGUGUCUAUUCUAACCACCCUUCGUCUAAUGGUGACACUGGAGGUGAUACCACGUACAACUUCAUCACCAGCUACAUUAUCAACGAGACCACCGCCCCACCGCUAAUCGUGUCGGUUGAUGAUCCUGAACCAGACUAUUCCAGCAAGGACACGUACUCGGGCACACCCGCUCCUACACGCACAUCCUCGUACGCCUCUAAACCUGCGUCCACAUCUACACCCUAUUCCACGCCUGCUACCCCCGCAUCGACCCCAUAUGCUGUGCCCGGUGCCUCUCCUGAGGCUGGUCCAACUGCGACAUUCGCAGACAAUGAUCACGACAAUGACUACGACAAUGACUACGACAAUGACUACGACAAUGACGAUGACGAGGGGCUCCAUGAGCGGGUCACGCAAAAGAAGGUGAUCAAGAAGAUAGUGCGGAAAGCAGCUCUCGCCACCACCACACGCAAGCCUGCCAUGAAGGUAGAGGAUCAGAAGGCUGCAAUCAUGUCCCGGUUCCAGUCGCUCGAGCUCGCCAAGGCCAAAGCGCUGGGCAAGGCCAAAGCGCUGGGUAAGGCCAAAGCGCACCCAGCUUCCAAGGCGCCUGCCAGAGCCAUUUUGCAAGAGAAGCCGAAGCCGCUGAGCAACAAGUUCCAGCGGAGUCGCCCGGUGCGAGUGGGCAAGGCGAAUUACGUGAAGGUUGGUGGCCCUGAGGCCAUUGAGAGGGUGGACAAGAUAAAGCUCGUCGAUGCCAAGCUAAAGCCAGACUUUGUGAUGGACAUUGGGUACAAGCUCAAGCGCCCAGGCAGUAGUGCUCAGGAUGUUGACGCUUGA